CACGGACAACAUGGCGGCGGUGUCGGGGGCCGGGGCUGCGGGCGGCUCUGCCAACGCCGGGGGCCCGGAGAUGGUGCGGGGCCAAGUGUUCGACGUGGGGCCCCGCUACACCAACCUCUCCUACAUCGGCGAGGGGGCCUACGGCAUGGUGUGUUCUGCCUAUGAUAACGUCAACAAAGUUCGAGUUGCUAUAAAGAAAAUCAGUCCUUUUGAGCAUCAGACAUACUGCCAGAGAACUCUGAGAGAGAUUAAGAUCCUACUGCGCUUCAGGCAUGAGAAUAUUAUUGGAAUAAAUGAUAUUAUCAGAGCUCCAACUAUUGAACAAAUGAAAGAUGUAUACAUUGUGCAAGAUCUUAUGGAGACAGAUCUUUACAAGCUCUUAAAGACUCAACACCUCAGCAACGACCACAUUUGUUAUUUUCUUUACCAAAUUCUGAGAGGGUUAAAAUAUAUCCAUUCAGCCAAUGUGCUUCAUCGUGACCUCAAACCUUCAAAUCUGCUGCUUAACACCACUUGUGAUCUCAAGAUUUGUGACUUUGGACUGGCUCGUGUUGCAGAUCCAGAUCAUGAUCACACAGGAUUCUUGACAGAAUACGUGGCCACACGUUGGUACAGGGCUCCUGAAAUCAUGCUGAAUUCUAAGGGUUACACCAAGUCUAUUGACAUCUGGUCAGUAGGCUGUAUUCUGGCAGAGAUGCUCUCCAACAGACCCAUCUUUCCAGGAAAACACUACCUUGACCAACUUAACCAUAUCCUUGGUAUAUUUGGAUCCCCUUCCCAAGAAGAUUUGAAUUGUAUAAUAAAUUUAAAGGCCAGAAACUACUUGCUUUCCCUACCACACAAAAACAAGGUACCAUGGAACAGGCUGUUCCCAAAUGCUGACCCCAAAGCGCUUGAUUUGUUGGAUAAAAUGUUGACCUUUAAUCCUCAUAAGCGGAUUGAAGUGGAGCAAGCUUUAGCCCAUCCGUAUCUGGAGCAGUAUUAUGAUCCAAGUGAUGAGCCUGUAGCUGAAGCACCCUUCAAGUUUGAUAUGGAGUUGGAUGACUUGCCGAAGGAAAAGCUGAAAGAACUAAUUUUUGAGGAAACUGCUAGAUUCCAGCCAGGAUAUCGAUCUUAAAUUGUGCAUAGGGCAAGGACUUAAAGGACUGGGCGUGCUCAAACGUUGCUGUUCCUCUUCCCAGUUCUUUAUUGUUGGUCAUGUCUUGUGGCCUCUCUCAGCUUAUCCACUAACUCCUUUGAGCCAUUCAGGAGGGCAGUUCCUGGUAGUUUUGGCUUUUCAUGCUUUCAAUGAAUCUUUUAAGCCUGAAGAAUUGUAAUUGACACUCCUAUGCGUAAUGCCCAUUGUUGACCUGUUGCAGUACUGUACUGUAAGUGCACCUACUGCUGGCCGUAUUUUAACUGCUUGCUUUCUGGUUUGAAAGAUGCAGUGGUUCCUUUCACUCCUGGAUCAAUAUCCAAGAAGAUCAUUCAUUAACCUGUAAGAAGUUUACACCAUGAACUAUGUUUUUCUGACUUUACUGAAGUCGCUGGCAUUUUUUUAGAAAAGCUACUAUUCAGGGCACUUUAAGUCAGUGACAUCCCAGAUUUUUUUUGCACUUCCUUUUUAAAUAGAAAUGGUUAGCAUCCAGCGGAGUUUAUACCAUUAUGCUAUGGAUUACAGCAUAAGUCGUGUUCAUGUUAAUCUUGCUUAUGCACUUGUUUGGGUGUCCUGUGCUGUACAUACAGGUAUUCUAUACAGCGUAAGAGCCACAUAGGAACCCAACUUAAUUGAAUUCAUCUAAGACACAUUUUUUCCAUGUAUUGACAAAAUUUGUACCUUUUUCUCCCUGCCUUUUCUAAAAGAGAUCAUUUAAAGUUUAACCAUGUUGGAGGCAUAGUACUUCCAAAGUUCAUACCACGUAGUAGUGUUUAGAAGACUUGUGCAAAGAGAAUGAGUGGCAGCUCGCCAACUUAUAUUUACUCACCGUGUGGUGGAAGAUUAACAAAGAACAUAAUGGCAUGAUGAUCUAAUGGUGAAUGCUUUUCUCUGUGGAAGGCAUCCAUAUGUGGUGGCAAGCGAGAAACCAAAAUAUGAUGUUAAUAAACUCAGUCUGCAUCCUGCAUACCAAUGAAAUGCUUCAAAUGAGGAUUGAUAGUUUUUACAUUUGAAUCUAAUCACUGACAUUCAGAAUUCUUGCAGAGAGGAACACUGCAUCUUUAAAUGAGAAAGUUUGAUUUUACUUUUGCUCCUACAGCAUGUCAGCAUCUCAAGUUCAUUUCUUGCAACCUACACUAUGGUGAUUUGUAAUCAAGCCUCCAUGAGCUCGUGACAUGAAGUACUGUUCUGUUGUCAAGUACUAUCAAACUUUUCUGAUAAUGCUGAGUUAGGACAACCAAACAAAGCUAGCACUAAAUAAUGUUUAAAAUUGUAUACCUUUUAAUGAUCUUUUCAAGUAUUUGUUACUGAAAUUGUAUAAUGUGGAGUUUACUAGGUGUUAUGUUCCAGUGCAGUGCCUCCUUUUCUUUCCCCACUGCUCUCUGUGGUGAGAAAUUUGCCUUGUUUAAAAUAAUUACUGUGCCCUCGCAUGACUGUUAAAGCUUUCUGUGCAAAGAUGAUUGUCUAAGUGCCACAUGCCUAUGAUUGAGAAAAAAAUAAUCUAUUGUUACCUCUGAGUUGUGUUCAACUGAAAUGCUAUUCAACAAAUAACUUAGGAAAAAUAGUUCUAUUUUUAGCUUUUCAUAUCUCUGCUGUCUUUUUCUCAUUUUAUUUUGGCAGCAGUGAAGAAUGGAUUGUAUAAAGACUGCUUGCUAAUAUGAACAAAAUGCACUUGUAAUUCCUGGAAAUAAAUUUAAAUCUUAUAUCUUCACGUUAACAUUAAGAAUUAAUUUUUGGUUUCAUCUUGGGUAAUGUGUUUGAAUGGAAAUCAGGUUCAAUUGCUACUGUAGUAUAUAAGGAUGCUUGCUGGUUAAUAACUCCAGGCUUCCUCAUACCAUUUAGUCUGCUCUUCAAAGAAAUCUAGAAAGCCAUUAACUAUAGACUUCAAUAGAUAAGGGUGCUUACAAGAUUCCAUUUCAAAAUUUUCUUUUUCCUCUAGUUUAAGUGUUAGUCUGCCAAAACUAAUUUUUAAUAAGCAAGGGUUCAUCAUUAAAGGGCAUUUUCUCUUAGGAAGUUCCUGUGGUACAUAAAUCUCUGUUGCGGGGAGCAUAUUAAGAGCAUUGUCAGGACACUGCACAAGUGAUCAUGGAAUCGUGGUAUGGAACCUAUGCGAAAAACAUUUCUAUAGAAAUAUGCACUUGACUGUUGAUACUAGUGUAGAAAUUUCUCUUGACAUUUCUACACUUCUUUACCAAAACGCUUUUCUCACUCAGUUUUGAAAAGUUGAAAUAUUUCUAGAAUCUCUGCUACUUGUAUGAUCAUCAUUACUACAGGAGUCAUUUUUGGCAUGGUUGGAAAGACGACUGUUACUGAAAUUAGUUUGUAACACCUCAGUUUUAAUUUAUUAAGGGAGAACUUUGGCAGCUUACUUCAUCCUUCUCUUUCCUGAUUCUUUUUUUAAUACUUUCUUUAAUUUUGGAUUUUGGGGGAGGUGUAGACUUACCUUCCGUUCUGUCUCCCCGAGUGAGAAGCCGAGGGUUUGCUUUACCUAACAUCUGGUGCUUUGGGGCUUUCUUCCUUAGCUAUUCUUGCUGAAUCCGGUUGGCAUCCAUCACUAUCGGUAACCACAUUCACCAAUCUUCUACUGAAUUCAGUAAACGUUGUUGGGUUGAAUUUGUUGAUGCGUCAAAUGCAGAAGCAUGAUUUUUUUUUUUAAUCAGAUUUUGGAAAUAGUUUAAAAGAAGGUGCCUAUAACAACACUGUGUUAGGUCGGUUAUUUCAUCAUUUUACAUUGUUUUGGGUUUUUUUGCCUUCAUGUAGUUUUUAUAUUUUAGAGCGGAGAACAGCAACUCUUAAUCAAAGUAACAUGCAUAUUUCAUGGUAAAGAUGUUUUGGGAAUAAGGAAUGUAAACGGUUCACUGUCAAAAACAUUCCAACCUUACAGCUGAAGAAAAAUAUGCAAACAUAAAAUUCUCAUGGAUGCUUUGGCAAACAAGCAUCUUACUGCUGCCCUGACUGUCGCCAGACUCUUCCUCAUCAAUAUCGCACGUUAUAUCAAAUCUGAAGUGUACAACACACUACAUGGGCUGAGCGGUGUGGUGCACUGGGAGCUUUCAGGAGUAGCAGUGAUGACGUAAUGCAGCAGUGGCCAAAUGAAACCCAAGGAGUUGAGCAUGGUUUUCCUUACAGAAUGAGAAAAAGAAAAACCUGUUGUUGCUGCCCACUGUAAUAUGCUAUGAUAUAUUUAUACCAUGUCGAAGUUGUUUGCUGAGCAACUGUACUAUAGAUUUAAACUUUAUUAAUAUAUAUUUGCUUAUGUUAGUGUAGUUUAUAUAGUCCUUGGUUAUUGAUAAAUUUAUUGUGUUGUUACAGCACAGUGAUAUGGUAUAAAUAUAAGUCUAUACAUACACACCAUAUACCAUGAAUUUGGUCCCUUGCAUAGUACUUUUAUAUUUGUACAGCAAUGUCUUCAAGCAAUCCCAGAUUUUAGGGGAAAUAUUUUUGUAAAUGCAGUGGUUUAAACAAAAAAGUCCAAACAAUCCUUUUACUAAGUUUUAAAUACAUUUGUGGUUCAAAAUGGUUUAGUUAACGAUUGAAAUCAAGACACUAAAUUAGUGAAAAGUGCACAUUAGUAAAGUGAAGCUUACAGUGGUUUUUGUAGCAUGUGCUGUGAUCAAACUAAGUGAAACAUUGGAGGAAAUGUAAAAGUUGGACUACCUUUGUAAAUCUAGAACAAAUUUCUAAAGGUUGCAGCUGGUUUACUUACUAUUGUUGCCUUUUCUUGUGUUGUAUCAGUGUAGAGCACUCUUAAAAAUACUCAAACUGCUUUGUCUUUGCUUUGUACUGUUGGUGCCUUCUUAGUCAUGUACCCCACAAGUCCUGCAUAGCUAAUUUAGUUAAUGGUAAGUUUAAAAUAAAAAAGCAAAGGAAGAUUUUAUAAAAAAAAAAAAAAAAAAUCAUUUUCUGUAUGUUCUUACUCAUUGUAACAAUUAAACGUUUAUAUUGUGACAGAUUUGUGAUUUGGUUAAUCUGUAUAGAUCAGUUGUAAGUAGCAAAGGUUUAUAUUUCGUCUUAUUCUUUUGAUGUUGUAAACGUAUGUGAUUUUCUUUUUUAAAUCAGGUAACUUAAUGUUCUGUUUUGUUUUUGGCAUCUGAAUCUUGUAAAAACAAAUGCAAAGAAAAACAUUAAAUUGUGUCCCUGUAUCACCAAA